ACCGCAGCCCACCCAAGACCCCCCCACCCCUAGCACAGGAGGCACCAGCCCCACUCAACAGACCCCCCACCAGCGGCCCACAAGACACUUACCACCCCACAUCCACCCAGCCUUAGCACCCAACCACGCGAAACCCCACCCGUCUCACACCCACCCAAGACCCCUCCCCACCCUAGCUCUCGCCUACCCCCUCCCAUCCUCCCACCCACGAGAGACCCCCCCAUCCCAGCACCCACCAGAGACCCCCCACCCCUAACCACCAUCCACCUGAAACCUCUCCCCACCCCAGCACUCACCCGGGACCCCACCCCACCCCUAGCCCCCACCCAUCUUAGACCCCUUCUCACUCCAGCAUCCACCCAAGACCCUCCCCACCCCAGCACCCACCCGAGACCCCUCCCCAACUCCCAGCCCUCCCCUCCACACCCACCUGAGACCCUACCUACCCCCGUCACCCACCCGAGACCCCCCCCCUCCCCGGGGGGCAGCGACCCCAGCCCGGGCCGCUGUGACUCAGCCCCGCCGCCAUUGGCCGGCCGGUGCGCUGCCCGCUGUUCCGAUUGGGCGGUGGGAACCCCGCCCCGGGCCACCAUUGGCCGGCGCGGCGCUAUAAGAGCGCGGCCGCCCCGUCGGGGCUCCGGGGCGCUGCGCCGCGCGGGGGGAGGUCGCGCGUGGGAGCUGCUCGCCAUGCGGGAGCGGAGGGCGGCGGCGGCCGCCGUGGCGCGCUGUAAGCUGGUGCUGGUGGGCGACGUGCAGUGCGGCAAGACGGCCAUGCUGCAGGUGCUGGCCAAGGACUGCUACCCCGAGACAUACGUGCCCACGGUCUUUGAGAACUACACGGCCUGCCUGGAGGGCGACGAGACACGCGUGGAGCUCAGCCUGUGGGACACCUCCGGGUCCCCCUACUACGACAACGUGCGCCCCCUCUGCUACAGCGACUCGGACGCUGUCCUGCUCUGCUUUGACAUCAGCCGCCCCGAGACCCUGGACAGCGCCCUCAAGAAGUGGAAGACAGAAAUCCUGGACUACUGCCCCAGCACCCGGGUGCUGCUGAUCGGCUGUAAGACAGAUCUGCGAACCGAUCUGAGCACUCUCUUGGAGCUGUCCCACCAGAAGCAGGCUCCUGUCUCCUACGAGCAGGGCUGUGCCGUGGCCAAGCAAUUGGGAGCUGAGAGCUACCUGGAGUGCUCUGCCUUCACCUCGGAGAAAAGCGUCCAUAGCAUCUUCCGCACAGCCUCUGGCGUCUGCCUGAGCAAGGGCAGCCCCCCGCCCCCCAAGAGCCCUGCACGCAGCCUCUCCAAACGCUUGCUGCACCUGCCCAGCCGCUCCGAACUCAUCUCCUCCACCUUCAAGAAGGAAAAGGCGAAAAGCUGCUCUGUCAUGUGAAAGGGGGGCCUGCUUCCAGCCCCUGGACACUCUCCAGCCCCCACGAUGGGGAGGGGGGGAGGGCUGCUCCAGCAGGGGGGAGCUGGGAGCUGGGUUAUAUCCCGCCAGAGGAGCGGGCCCCAUGGUGAGGCCUUCCCCUGCAGAGGGGAUUUGGGGCCUGGAGGCUUCCCCGGCUGUAGCAACCCCAGAAUCGGCCCAGCUCAUCGCAAUGCUUCCCACACAGGCUCCGCGCACGUUCUCCGGGGGACGGGGAGAGGGGCUGCCGGGGCCCUGGGGUGACCCUGGGGCUGCUCCAGGCUGCUUGGCACAGACGGGGCUUGGUUGAUGGCGGCUCCUGCACCCCCGGAGCCAGGACAACUUGCCACAGACUCAUUGUUUCCCCUCUAACGCCCAGUCGCUGUCCAGCCGUGCCCUGUCGUCUCCAUCCGCUGCUGUCCCUGGCCCCCGCGCUGCCUGGCACCGGCCGUUCGCCUUGAUGUUACCUGGCCCCGGGGCAGGGGCAGCUCCGCCUUUGCCUGCGGGGGGGGGGGGGGGGGGGAUGGGACUGUGGGGUGGGGGUGGUUUUUGUUUUAUAGACCUUUUGUCUGGGGGGGUGACUCUGUUCCAUGUUCAGUGUUAUUAAAAAGCUUAUUUAUUAUGGAAAAUACAGUGGAUAGCAGCA